AUGGAGACAAUAAGAGAAUAUGCGACAAUGAAGGCAACCAAAAUCGAAUCGUACCGCAAAAAUUGUAGUUACAAAUUAAUCAAUCAAUCUGUCGAAGCAGAUGUCGGAUUGAUGGUUGAUGGAGACACGAAUCCUGAUUUCUUUGCUGGCCAUUGUUACAAUGGGGCGGAUCCACCGGGCGGACCUAACUGGGCAGAGGUCGACCUUGCUGCCGACUAUUACGUAGACGUCGUUUACAUGUUCACGAGGGAUUCGUUCAGGACCUACCCUCUCUGUGGUCAGUACAAGUACAAGGCGGUCGCCAGUGCCAGGCUGACAUUGAAGUGUAACGCCAAUCUUGCACCUUAUCGUUACGUCAUCGCUCAACAACCUGCCGAUGGAUAUGGAUGGUUCUCCUCUUGUGAGAUGGAAGUUUACGCUGCUAAGGAUCACAAAUGUUACAUUCAUUUCAAUUUCUUUUUGUACAUUCAUUUCUAUCGAAUCAUUAUUUUUGCAGCUAAAAUUUGGAAACGUAAAUCCAACACGAGAUUGACUGGAAACUACUCUCUCGCCGUGACCGCCGAAUAUGAGAUGAUGUGCUUGUUGAAGUGUCUUCCAGGCAAGUGUGACUCGUUCAACUUCCAUUCAACUGAUGCAACAUGCGAGUUGAACAAACAUGUUAACGGGUACAACCAGAGCUACUUGACUCCCAGCCCCGACUGGAGUUUCUAUGAGGUUCAGUAUGCCUAA